UUUGAAGCAUUACAAAACGACAUCACAUAACUUAAAUAUCAAACUCAGCCUCCACUCUCCAACUUUUCUUCGUCUGCUUAUUAAGAAAACACUCAAUUAACUGAGUCAUAAUCCAUAAUCAAUGGAGAGCAGCUCAACCGCCGUCUUCGGAGGUUUCCAGCCAAAUUACCUUCUUUGCCCUCACCGGAACUCCUCCUCUUCUUCUUGUCUCCUCUCAUUUCCUUCUUCAUUCACUGACCGUUCGCUUUCUUUAUCUUCUCCUUUCAAGGUACAGAAGCAGCAACAUACUCAUUACUCUUUACUACGAUCCGUCUCUCCUUUUCGGCGCGACGCCAUUGUUUCCGGUACUUAUAGUAGCAGCAAUGGAACAACUGAAUUAGCUGACAUUGACUGGGAUAACCUUGGUUUUUCCUAUGUUCCAACUGAUUACAUGUAUGUCAUGAAAUGUGCUCGAGAUGGCAGCUUUUCUUUUGGCGGAUUACAACGCUUUGGGAAUAUUGAGUUGAGCCCCUCAGCCGGAGUCUUGAAUUAUGGCCAAGGAUUAUUUGAAGGCUUGAAAGCCUACAAGAAAGAAGAUGGUAAUGUUCUUCUUUUUCGGCCUGAAGAAAAUGCAAUGCGGAUGAACGUUGGUGCUGAAAGGAUGUGCAUGCCAUCACCAACUGUGGAACAGUUUGUUGAGGCUGUAAAGGCAACAGUUUUAGCAAAUAAACGCUGGAUUCCCCCUCCUGGUAAAGGUUCCUUGUAUAUCAGGCCAUUAUUGAUGGGAAGUGGAGCAGUCCUUGGUCUUGCACCUGCUCCUGAAUACACAUUUUUAAUUUAUGUUUCACCUGUGGGAAACUACUUUAAGGAAGGCGUUGCUCCAAUUAAUUUGGUUGUCGAGCAUGAAUUGCACCGAGCAACUCCUGGAGGUACUGGAAGUGUUAAGACCAUAGGAAACUAUGCUGCGGUUCUCAAGGCACAAUCUGCUGCAAAAGCCAAAGGAUAUUCUGAUGUUCUAUAUCUCGAUUGUGUUCACAAAAAAUAUCUGGAGGAAGUCUCGUCAUGCAAUAUUUUCGUUGUGAAGGAUAACGUUAUCUCCACUCCAGCAAUUAAAGGAACAAUCCUUCCUGGAAUUACAAGGAAGAGUAUAAUUGAUGUUGCUCGAAGCCAAGGAUUCCAGGUUGAAGAACGACUUGUGGCAGUGGAUGAAUUGCUCGAUGCAGAUGAAGUUUUUUGUACGGGUACUGCUGUGGUGGUGUCACCAGUGGGCAGUAUCACUUAUUCAGGCAAAAGGGUGUCUUACGGAGAGGGUUUUGGUGUUGUUUCGGAAAAGCUGUAUACCGUUCUUACCAGACUACAAAUGGGGCUUACGGAGGACAAGCUGAACUGGACUGUUGAGCUGAAGUAGCAGUCUUGAAGUGUAAUUCUCUUUUUCUUUUUAUGAUUCGACCUCUAGCAGUUUAAGUUUUUCACUUGAUUUGGUUUGGCUUCUUUUUAGAUUAUGUAGAUAAUUUUCUUAGACCAUUUGUUCACUUAGCUUUUUAUGAACUCUAAUAUAGAGCCAUCAGCCAUGCUUAAAAUUUCCUAA